AUGUCAUUUGUACAAGCAUUAAAACGUUUGAUUACAACAAACGAUUCAUCAUCAACAAGUGUAACAACAAUUAAUGAUGCUAAUCAAUCGAUACCAGAUAAUGUCACAAAUAUAAAUCAUACAUCAACAAAUUCUAAUGGAUCGAAUUCAACAGUGUCAACAUCAAAAUCAAAUGAAAACUUCAAACCACUUAGUCAAGGAUUACAAAAAAAAUAUGCCCGAGGUGUACAGUAUAACAUGAAAUUAGUCAUACGAGGUGAAUGUAAUACAGGCAAAUCAGUCUUAUGGUCUCGUUUACAAGGUUGUCAAUUUAUUGAAGAUUACAUUCCAUCAGAUGAAAUUCGUGUUGCAACAAUAAAUUGGUCAUCACGUGUAUGUGAAGAUGCAAUUAUUAAAGUUGAAGUAUGGGAUGUUGUUGAUAAAUCAAGAAAAAAACGACGUCCAAUUAAUCCAUCACUUAAAUUAUCAAAUGCAAUAAAUGUUCCUGUUGCUGAUGUAUCACUUGAUGCUGAAUUUCUUGAUGUUUACAAAAGUACAGCUGGUGUUUUAUUUAUUUAUGACAUAACAAAACCAUGGACAUGGGAUUAUAUUGAAAGAGAAAUUGUUAAAGUACCAGCACAUAUACCAAUAUUAAUUAUUGGAAAUCAAUUAGAUAUGCGUCAUCAUCGAAAAGUAUCAAUGGAUAAAUGUCUGAAUUUUAUUGAAAAUUUUGACAGAGGUACAAUGGGUUCAGUUGUUCGUUAUUGUGAAAGUUCAAUGCGUAAUGGAUUUGGUUUACAAUAUAUACAUCAAUUUUUAAAUAUUCCAUUUUUACAGUUACAACGUGAAUGUUUACUUCAACAAUUACAAAUAAAUGCACGUGAUAUGGAUACCUCCUUGGAAGAAAUCGAUACAUACGCUCGUAGUACAGAUAAUAAUUAUGAUUUAUUUAUUGAUAUGCUUGCUAAUAAACGUCGUUCGAAACAAGAAGCACUUGCUGGUGAUAUUGUAGCUAAAGCAAAACCAUUAGAAGAAGCAAAACGUAUUCAUGAUGAAGCACUUGAAGCAGCAGCAUUAGCUGAACAACAACAACAACAACAACAAACAAAACCAUCACCAAUAAAUACGAUUGUACAAGUUAUUAAAAAAACAACUGAAACUCCACCAACAUCUAUUAAACCAACACCAACAACAAAACAAAAACCACCUAUUGUUGCUGUUCAACCUAUUGUUCAACAAGUUGUUCCAAAAUCAACUAUUAAUAAUGAAGUUAAUGAUAUUAUUGUUGAUAAACAUCGUUUAUCAGAUGAUUAUACAGAAACACAUUCAGCAAAUCCAUUAGUAAGAUCAACUGUUGAUGAUUUUAUACCUGAUGAUAAUGAUUAUGAAACAUUUCUUGUCGAUGAUAAUACAACAUCUCAACAACAACAAAAUUUAUCAAUUGAUACAUUAACUAAAUCUUCAACAACAAAACUUUCAACAACAGAUGAUGAAAAUGAAUUUACAGUAAAUCCCAUGGUUAAAGGAUUUCGUGAACAAUUAGAUUCCGAUGAUGAACAACAUCAACCACCAAUUACUACUAAUGAACCAACUGAAUAUGAACCAGCAUCAACAACAGUCGAAAUUGUUACUCAACCAAUACUACCUCCUGUAUAUCAUCAAAUAUCAUCAUUUGAUCUUGAUUAUCUUGAUCAACUAUCUUCAUCAAAAGCUCAACAGUCGAACAACGAAUUACAAAUACUUGAUUCACAAAGUACUCAUAGUGAUUCACCAUCAACAAAAUCAAAAAAGAAGAAACCAACAACAAAAUCGAAAAAAGAAACAAAUGUUUCAACGACUGAAUCAACAAAAACAAAGAAAAAAAAGAAACCUUCAUCAACUAAAACAAAUAAUUCGAUUACUACUACUGAAUCACCAAUAGCAAAUACUAAUGAUGAUGAUGAUCUUGAAUCAUUUCUUGCUGAUAAUACAACCACAACAUCUAAACAUGAUCAGGAUUAUGAACAUGUUUAA